UUCAGAUAGCAACGAACCCAUUUUUACCGGUUUCGCCGAGAACGAAAAAAUUCAAUCGGCACCCGAAGAACUGGAGAAGCUAUUGAACGGUCCCAACGAUCCAGUCGAAACCAACGAUGCUGCCAAAAACGUUGAACCAGAGAAGGAAUCAAAUCCUCAAAAUGUACCGAAUGUGGAAAAAGUUCAGUCUAAGCCUGGUAGACCCCUUCGCAAGCGUAACGGUUCCAAAGGAGAAGAGUCGUCCAAUACGGGUGUUCAGGGCGCAAGAAGCCUCCGGCUGAAAGCGAAAAAGGCUGCCGAAGAGAAGCCUGCAGAAGUGGGGGUCGAAGUGGAUGCGGAGAUAAGACUGACAUCCAGCAAUGGAGAACAUACACAGCAAAUUACAUCGGAAGUGAUGAAUCAGCCAGCGGAAAUCGAACGCGAAAAAGAGGAACGGAUUGUAUCUCGGAAACAGCUUACCACUGAUAAUGUCGAAAAUACUCAAACCGGAAUUGAAAAUAAGAAGAAGCGAGGAAGGCCACGUAGGGUCCCUAUUGUUACCGAACCAUUGGCUCAAAUUACUGAGAUCAUUGAGGAACCGGUAGCAAACGGAUGUGAUGUUUUGCAAAAUGGUAAAGAACCAACUGAAUCCCGUACUCCAUCAACAGUUCACGAUGUACUCGAAUCGGUAUCAUCGACGUCGAACACUGGCGAACCUGCGCCGCCCCAGUCGUCGUUACCAGACAUUGAACCAACAGAAUCGGCAACGUCGCCAUCAGCCGAAAGUGAGGAACCCUCAAAGGCUAAACAGCCGGCCCAAGUUAAGGAAAGUACUGAUUCCGAAUCACGUGAAGCCGCGGUGACUUCAACGUCCAGUGGAAUCGAGGCACCAGUGAAUGUUCAAGAUGCGCCUGAAAUUGAUGCGAUUGAAAGUACUGAAUCAGUUCCGCCGGUGUCCUCGUCAUCCACUGACGAUGUUGGUUCUUCCGAAAACAGGAAAGAUGCAGAAAAUUUACCGUUCAAGAAGCGUAGUUUAAGACAUGGAUCGGUCGAUGAACCUCCAGCCCUAGAGCCAUUUGGCGGUGAGAGGGGAGCUGUCGAAAUUAGCGAUAAUGAACCACCGAUUCUUGUACCGCAUGAUCCCGUACCAAGCACUAGUAAACGAUCAAAACGGAAAAAGACAGAAGAGCAUCCUGAAAAGCAUACAACUGAAAAGCCGGAGAAGAAACCCUGGUGGUUAGGGAGAUACUAUCAGGAUCGGACGGAUGAAACCGAUGAAACGUGGAUUCCGGGAAAGAGGCAGAAAGAUCGUUACAACCAACGGGUUCGCAACAAAAAGGUUGGCGGUCGAUCAGGAUCGAGUCGCGAAGAAGUGGAAUCUGAAUCGCAACCGGUACGGCGCGGUAGUCGUCAACGUCGUUUGGCAAAGGCAGCUGUGGUUAUGAAUCCCCUCGUAAAUUCCGUUUACGAUAAACCCGUCUAUCGGCAAAUGACCGCGGAAGAAUUGUUGCAAGCACAGCACCGCUUUGAGGAGGAAAAACGCGGGAAAAAGAAAACUAAAGCAACGUCAUCAACCGCGAGCAGUACAGCAGUGCCCAAAGCUGGAAAUCGGAAGCGCACCCAGGAGGAACCGGAAGAACCGAUAACGUCCAAGCGGAACCGGCCCGAUAAUGAAGCGGAGCAAAUCGCGGUAAGUAUCCAGCAACAGGAAGUACCAAACACCCCGGUUGUCCCUGCCGCCACGGAACCCGUGGCAUCCACUGACCGCCUGAUGCAGGAGAAGCUAGAUACCUAUGGGUGGAUCCACAAGCUGAUGCACGGAAACCUGGACGAGGAUCCGCGUUUACCCGUCGUGGGCGAUCUCGUGCAAUACUCGUUGCAGCAUCUGAGCUUCAAGGAGCACAAUGGAAUACAGUAUUCGUUCUACCUUCGCUCCGAAAGCGAAAAUUUUGGCUUCCUGAGGUUCGCACCUUCGGCGGUCAAAAAGCUGACCAAGACUUCGAAUUUCCUACUUAAAUUUCUCGUUAUUGCGGGCAAUCUUUCGUUUUAUCUAAAUGGUAAUAAGAUUUCAAUAGCAAGUGGUGACUUUUUGAUGCUGCCAGAAAACUCCAAGUACGGUAUUGAAAACGGCGCAGAAGUGUCACUUCUCUUCAUGGUCAAGAUGCUUUCGCAGCCGUCGCCGUCGUCGUCGUCGUAGUACUAGUUCAGGAGAAGGCGAACCAAGUUGUCGUACCUUUUUUGUAAGUUAUUUUCUAGCAUUACGUCUAUUUUAUUAGUAACUUUUAGAUCCAUUGUAUAAAGGCAUAGGAUACGGAA